UUCCGUCGGAACCGGCAGCAAAGCGUGCCAAAGUGGACACGUCGGCGGAACCUCCGUCGGAUGAGGCGAACUAACAAUAGGCAAAAAGGCAGCUUCUCUUCAACAAUCUCUUCAAUUUAGUUCCAUAGAUAGAUAUUUAGACAGGAUGGUUCCUUCAUCGACUGGUAAUAUCGAGCGCGUGCUGAUCGAGAUGCGUCCACGGCUUCAGAGUGCCAACUUUUUUAUCGCCUUCCGGCGAAACUUUGCCGACAUUGAGUCGACCACGAUCGAUCUGGCGAACGAUCGUCUAACGAUCGCCAUUGGGAAAGGCGCAGCAGCCCCCGAACGGUACGAGAUACGGGUUGGCGACUUCUUCCAGCUGCACACGCAGACGCUCAGUUCGCUGGUGAUAAAAAAUCGUUACCUCUGUUUCCGGGUGAACACGAACGAGAGCAGUUUCGGAACGGAAUUGCUGAAUAGCCAGCAGGAGGGAGGUGGUGGUAGCGCUCUGGAAGAGUAUGAGCAGUUAAAGCUUGCGGUAAACAUUGAACCAGAUGCGCGGUAUGCUUUGCUGUGUAGCAAUUGUGGCGGUUCAUUGAAUGCACAACCGGACGCCGAACUCGAGGGCAUUACGUUCCGACGCGUCCUGGAGCUUCCAUCCGAGCAGAUGGACGCUAACGAGUGGUUCUGCCAUCGUCACGAUCACUCGACGGGCGAGGCGACUGAAGGCGUAUCGCAUCAAAGCGGAGAGCAUGAGAAACUCACCAUCAACAAGCUUGAACCGCAGACGUGCGAUCUACUGUACGGUCCAUUCUAUGCCCUGCUUCAUCGGACCGCCCUACAGCGCGUGCACAUCCGGAGCGAUCGUUUUGUGCACUGCCGACGUUGUCUGCAAUUUCUCGGAACAUGCCAAAAAUCGCGCCCUUGCGUCAAACUGUGGUACGAGGGUGUGCGCUUCCAACCGAUCACCGGGAAUCGGGUACCAUUGGCGCUCUUUCGCGUCGAUGAGCCGCUUGAGCUGUUCCGCCUGCUCGUGCGCAAAACGAUACGAGAGUGCAACUUCGUCACGCAUCUCGGCCUUCCGCCGAUGUUUAAGCUUAUGUUCGAACUGCACCGUCCCGGGCGAGAAGGGGACGUGUUUUACCUGCUGCUGCAAAUCAUGGACAGUGGGUUGAGCGUGUUCCGCAUCGAUGCUAAACGAACCGAACCGGAAUCAUCGGGUUCGUGCUCGGAGGAUAUCGAUGACGUAGGAAUGGCAAAGUGCCCAUUGCAGUUAAAAACGACGGAGGACGGUCAGAAUCGCAAGGAAGACGACGACGACGAUGGCACCACAGAAGCCGAUGACGACGACGAUGAUGAUGUAUUCAUUGAGUCUAGCUGCCGUAAACACAACAUUGUCCUGCAGCGGCACCGCGCGAUGAAACUGAUGUACUGGUACGAAAAGUACGAACAGCAGCCCCUGUUCACUUUCUGGCGGGAGGACAGCAAUGUGGUCAACCUGGAACUUUCGGAACCAAUGUUCACCGCUGCCAUACGCUACCUGGAUAAGAACUCUAGCUACGUUCCGGAAUGUUAUCGCGUUAAUCAGGGAUUCAGCAUGAGCUAUCUUGAUAUUACCUAGUGUGGAAACUAACACGAAGCAAAUUGGGAAACUUAUAAGGAAAAACUUAUUACAAAAAACUGCUUUGAUUAGAAGGAAAAUGUCCUGGCAAAAUAUUAAAUUGCGUUGUGCUGCAACAAUUAUUUCGUCUUCGGAAAGAAAUCCACUAGAAUGAGCCGCUACGACCUGGGAGAUACUUUUUCAAAU